AUAUUAGCUACCCCAAUUUUAACCCUGAACUAGACGAUAUCUCAAUGAUUGUCAACUUGGACAAUGAAACAGAACAAACUGACUACCACGAACUUCCUUUUGUUAUUGACAAAACCAAUACUAAUGAAGACGAACUUGACAAGGAUGAUGAAACCCGGCACUCUAAUAAUCAACACCCGGUUGUUACAAUUCCUAUAUCAGACCAACCAUUGAACUUUGGCCAAAACCAGAUCUUUUUCGAAAUGAAGACAAUGUGUACCGAGGCGCCACCGCCAGCUAUGUGGCUUAUGAUGACUACUGUCCUGGUUUUAGCCGGUUUUGCGUCGGGUAAAGAUUAUGGUGUGUACUUGUGCAAAUGUUUAAUCUUGAUGUUUUUUACCUGGGUUAAGCUGAAAAAUAGCUAUGCUGACACUUGGCGUUUUUACCUGUACUGUGUAAGCAACACAAACAGAUUCCUACAGGAACGUGGAAUCAUGACAAAUUCCUGCAAAGUUGCAAAAAAGUAA